CCCCUUUUUUGGCGCGCUUUCAAAGUGUUGAAUUGAGUUUAGAUUCGUUAGUUUUUUUCUUAUUUUUUUUGUGUUGCCUUUUGGUUUAAGUUUGGUGAAGUUAGCUAAAAAAAAAAAAUUGAAACAAAAAUGAGGGACUAUCCUUCGGUGCCCAAUGUGUUUCGCGUGGCCUCCACGCACAGCAUCAACAGCGAGAAUCCCUACAACAACGUACGGCCAGCGAAUGCCAACUGCAACACGAUCGAAAGGCAGCCGCUGGGCAUCCACCAGUUGACCACCAGUGCGUCCAUCGAGCACAGUCAUCCAUCGCAGCAGCAGCAGCAGCAACAGCAGCAGCAACUGUUGCUGCAGCACCAACAGCAGCAGCAGCAGCCACACCUGCCCCACUCACCCUAUGCAACAUUGCCGCGGGGCCAGCGAUUUUUACCGCAGCAAUAUCAGCCAACUGGCCUGAUCAACACCAUCUCCGGCAGUAUACCAGCCACAGGUUUCAGUUCUCUGGCAGGCAGCAUCAGUGAUCUGCAAUUGAACAACAUCAGCAGCAUGGGCAAUCCCAACUGGAGCAACAACAGCAACCAACGACAGCAGCAGCAGCAGCAACAGCAGCAGCAACAGCAUCAGCAACAGCGACAGGUGGCCUCCUUGAGUCGCCAUCAGGCAGCCAAGGAGGUGCAGCAGCAACAGCUACAGCAGGAGCAACAGCAACAUGUGCAGCAACAGCAGCAACAUGGCCUGGCCAGUGGAGUUGCUGGUGCCACCGAUCCUCAAAGUGACGCUAGCAACAUAACCAGCAUCCACGGAAGUUACCUGUGGCUCCUCACACCUGUUGCAGCCAGCAUAUCGGUGGCCAUUGUCAUCGCCGCCCUGGCCGGACCCCAGUGGCUCUUCACGGAGGAGAAGCUGCCCAAUGCCAACUACAAUGGGACGGCCAACUUCAAAGCCAUGGACGAUGGCGCCUACAUCACCAAGUACACCAAGUCCAGUCUCUGGAUAUUGUGCGCCAGUCUGCCAGGCCAAGAUAUUGACUCCUCGUACAACUGCGUUAAGAUAGACUACUUUUCCAACGAAGGCUAUCAGCCGGAUCCACACGACUCAACGGCAGCAAUACCCUAUACCGUCACCAAGUCCUGCCCAAUUUUCCUGGCUGCCGGUGUAUUUUUGGUUAUCAGCUUUAUAAUCUUCCUAAUACCCACAUGCUCGCAUCAAAACAAUCUAUAUUAUUUUAGCGCCGGAAUUCUCUUUAUUGUUAGCGGUCUCGUCAUGCUGAUCGGCCUGAUUGCCUAUAUAUCCAUACUGAAGGCGGAAAUCGGUUCGAAACUAAGACCGCGCUCCACCCUCCAGCCCGCCCUCAUCAAGGUCUCCUAUGGCCAGAGCUUCUUCCUCUUUGUCUUCGGGUUUAUCAUCACGGAGUUCGUUGGUGUCCUCAACAUUUUCCUAUUCAUCAAUUUGCAGGAGGUCAGCUACUAUAGUCGGCUGCCCUGUUUUAGUGUGGCAAAUAUCCAUGCCAAGUUCAAGGAGGGCCAGCAUCCCUUGAGCGAUUCCUACAAGCGUUACAAGCAGCCCGGCGGCAACAACACCUCCAGCGAGGAGGCAAUCAGCGGAGCGGGUCAGCAGGGUCACCAGGCACAGGGUCAGGGUCAACAGCCACUACACGGAAUCCUGAGGAGCGGCGCCAAUGCCCGCCUCCACCAGGUCCACGACGCGGGCCGCGGUAUCCAGAUGGCUCACCUUGGACAGACCCAAACCCUUCCGGCAGCAUGUCGCAAACAUCCCAACGCUGGAUCGAAUUUAAAUCUCUAUCUACACAACGACUUUGAGAGGCGCUUCUACUUUGAAAAGCCGGCGGUGUCCAAGUGCAAUCUGCACUCGCGCAGUUUUGCCAAAUCUCUGAACGAGCUCUGCACGGAGGCGCCGGUGUCCUCCACCCAUGUCCCCGUUCCCCUCCCCCUGCCCCUUCCCCUUCCCGCUCCCCUGCCCCCUCCCCUGCCCGACCACGACCCCGAUCCCCUGCCCGCUCCCCCCCUCUUCGCCGACCUGCCCCAGGAGUUUCCCCUAACCCGAUCCGUGUCCACCGCCACGGAUAUAUACCCGGCUCCGGAACCGAACCCCGCCCAAAUGAAGCGCAAGCAGCAGCGCAACAUGGCCACCAAUACGAACACGAAGAUCUCCGUCUCGUCCUCCAGCAAGCCCACAUCCUCGCAGACCCAGUUGGAGGAUCAGUCGCGGCUGUGCGGCCUGAAGCGAGGAUUGCGGAAGACCAAGGACGAGCUCUUCCAGGAGUUCUGCCGACGGGCCGGGAUGCGCAGCAAGCCGAAGAACAUAUACUACAUCAGCGGCGGUGAGGAGGCGGAGGAGGAGGAGGAGCUGCCGGAGGAGCAGGGAGCAGCCAAGCGGGAGGAGGCCAUGAAGGUCUCCAAUCUCGAUGACGACGACGAUGCCGACGGGGAUGAUCACGGUUUCAAGCAGUUCAACCGCAUCGAGGAGGACCAUCUCUAUGUGGUGGGAGAUCAUGCCCAGUUGGUGGUGCCGCGUCGCACGUCCAUGUGCGUGGACUCCUUGGGCCAGCCGCUGCGCAGGCUCAACUCCAACCUGUCCCUGCACACGGACCCCAGCUACCCGUUGGUGGGUGGCUAUCCGGGGAUGGGGAUGCGCAUGCCCCUGCCCCCGCCGGCCGAUCUUGGCCAGAGUCGCACCCUGCCGCGCUGCUUCCUGCGGCAGUCGUCCGAUUCGCUGGCCUCGCAGGGCUUUCCCCUGGGCGCCAGUCAACAGAGGUUCUCCCAGCUGAUGCUCAAUCAGCAGCAGCAGUAUCAGCAGUAUCCACUUCAUCAGCUGCAGCGCCAGAAUCUCUUCGUGUCCUCCACUUUGACCCUGCCCCAGGUGGCUCCACCAAAGGGUCAGGUGCAGUGGCCCACGGCGAUACCAUCCUCUCCGUCGAACUACUCGAAUGUUGGCUAUCAGCAGAAUCCGCAGCCGAUUUAUCCAACUCCGGCGGCUGCAACUGGUGGACCUGGAGGAUCGGGAUCCAACCCCGUUUCUGGACCGCCGAAAUUCCAGCGCGGCUACGCAUUCGACGAUCAGCAGCGGCGGUCCAGCUAUGUGAGCGAUGCCUUCGAUCUCGAUGAGAUCGAGCGGGAGCGUCGGCGUUCCCAUGCCAGUCUCUUUGGCAUCGGCCAGAACAGGGAUCCCUACGAUGUCAUCAACGGCACCGCCGUCUAAUCUACCCACAACAUAAUAGUAACUAUCAAUCAGCCAAAGAGAAACCAAAGAGCUAGAAUUUUUUUUCGGAUGUAAGCCAUACAGAAACCAAAAGCUGAAAUUUUUUUUUCGGAAGUAAGGUGACAAAAAAAAAUAUAUGUCUAUUGCAAAAGUAAAAGAAUACUAUUUAAAAAAUAUAUACAACAACAAAAAAAAAAAUAGUUGGUCUCAACAGGUCUAAAAAAAAUUGGAAGAUGUAAGCGCACAUUUUUGGCCACUUAAAAUUUAUCAAAAAUAUACACAAGUGUUAGGCGU